AGUCCUCUUCCUCUUCCUCUAUGAAUAGCCUAGGGUUUUAACAUUACCAUCUCUCUUCCUUCUUAAGCUUGUAGCUCUCUACUCGUGCGGCGGCCGGCGAUCAUCUCCGUGGAACACUCAGUUUCGACAAUAUGGCUAGAGGUUUGAAGAAACACUUGAAGAGGCUGAAUGCUCCGAAGCAUUGGAUGCUGGACAAACUUGGUGGUGCAUUUGCCCCCAAACCUUCAUCAGGACCUCAUAAAUCGAGGGAAUGUCUCCCAUUGAUCCUCAUAUUGCGAAACCGAUUGAAAUAUGCUCUCACAUACCGUGAGGUUAUUGCUAUUUUGAUGCAACGCCAUGUUUUAGUUGAUGCCAAGGUCAGGACUGAUAAGACCUAUCCAGCUGGCUUCAUGGAUGUUGUGUCCAUUCCCAAAACAAACGAGAAUUUCCGGCUUCUUUAUGACACAAAAGGUCGUUUCCGUCUUCACUCAAUCAGGGAUGAAGAGGCCAAGUUCAAGCUCUGUAAGGUUCGCUCGGUGCAGUUUGGGCAGAAGGGAAUCCCUUUUCUGAAUACUUAUGAUGGACGUACAAUCCGUUACCCCGACCCCCUCAUCAAGGCAAACGACACCAUCAAGUUAGACCUUGAGUCAAACAAAAUCGCUGAUUUCAUUAAGUUCGAUGUAGGAAACGUCGUGAUGGUGACCGGUGGAAGAAACAGAGGCCGAGUGGGAGUAAUUAAGAACAGAGAGAAGCACAAGGGAAGCUUUGAAACAAUUCACAUUCAGGAUGCAACCGGGCACGAAUUUGCCACUAGGCUUGGCAAUGUGUUUACAAUCGGGAAGGGAACAAAGCCGUGGGUGUCCCUCCCCAAGGGCAAAGGUAUUAAACUAUCCAUCAUUGAAGAAGCCAGGAAGAGGCUUGCAAGCCAAGCAGCAGUUACUGCUUAAGAAUUUUGAGUUGAUACUAAAUUGUAGUCAUGAGUUUUUCUUAAUCGUUUUUGAUAUUCACAUCCUUCUCGAAUUUUGCUCGCUUGUUAUUUAUGUCUAAGUUUUUGUCUUUUGAGACAAUUUAUUUCCACCGGAGAUAUUGGUGAGGCCGUUGCUUCUAGGAUUUUGUUGUUAAAAAACACUGAUAGCUGAUUUAUUAGUUGUGUUGUAACCCUGCUCUAUAGCCUCGAUUGUUAUUAUCUAUAGUCAAAUUUCUCAA